AUGUGGAAAAAUACAACUUCAUCUAGCACAUCAACAUCAAAAACCGACUGCAAGAGGACCACUGUAGUAGACCUUGCGCUCGCAGUUUUCAAAUACUUCGUCGACGAUCAAAACUUUGACCUGGAGAAGCUCGAAGGCCUGAAGCUGUGCCCGGUUGGUAACGAGACCGUGCGAGUUUUCGACUCCCAAAAGCCGGUGGUAUGCGGGCGCACGUCUUACGCACGAGAAGUUGCACAAUCACUGCAAAGCUCGAUGGUUUUGCACCCUGAUGCAGUUGCGAUCUUGCUCAACGUCUCUGCCGGAACUGUGAC